AUGGCCUUGCGAAUUUCCUUCUCAAUUCUUUCCAUAGCACUUUUAGCUUCAUGCAUUUCGGCAGAGGAACAUUCGGGUGAUUUUGGUUAUAAUGGUCCAAAUGGUCCUGACAAAUGGGGAAGCAUAAGUCCAUCUUUCGCAGCUUGCUCAAAUGGGAAAGCUCAGAGUCCAGUGAACAUUAGGAAGGCUAAUAUUGUAUUGAACAAGCAAUUGAAAUCCAUAGACAGAGAAUACCAUCCUGCAAAUGCCACUCUGGUUAACAACAAAGUCAACAUUGGGGUUCAUUUUGAAGGAAAAGCAGGACAUGUUAUUAUAGAGGGAAAAAAAUACUUCCUCAAACAAAUGCACUGGCAUUGUCCAUCAGAGCACCGAAUUAAUGGCAGACAAUAUGAUGCUGAGCUCCAUCAAGUCCACGAGACCGAAGAUGGAAGCUUAGCAGUUGUGGGAGUGCUCUACAAAGUUGGACGUCGUCCGAGUCCUAUCAUAUCCAAGAUUGAAGACAAGUUGGUUGAGCUGGACAAAGAGAACCGUGCAGGCCAUAAAGAGGCCCAUAUAGCUCUUGGUACCUUUGGUUUAGAGAAGAUGAAGGGAAGAACCAGCAAGUAUUAUCGAUAUGUUGGUUCUCUCACCACUCCUCCAUGCACAGAGGGGGUUAAUUGGAACGUCAAUGCCAAGGUGAAAUCACUUUCCAAGAAACAACUAGAGCUCCUAAAGGCACCAUUGAAUCCAGAGUUCAAGUACAACGCAAGGCCAGUGCAGCCACUGAAUGGCCGCAAAGUUGAGAUGUUCUAUCAGUGCAAGCAGAGGCAGUGA